AUGGUUGGGAAUUCGCCAGCGGGACAGACCCCGUCCCAUGUGCAGUCGUCACUGCCCUCGUUGCCAGCCCAUUUGCAAUCCGAUACCCAUCUCACCGCGCAUCUAGCCAGCCGAUUCCAUGUCGGUCUGCCCACUGCGCGGCUCUCCUCGCACGCACUUAUCAGUCUGAACAACUUUACCUCAUCCUCAAAAGGUCCUGAUGGCGGAAAAGAAGGUAGUGCUAUGGGCGAGGCAGAGGAUCUCGCCCGAAGGGCUUAUACUCGACUUGGUGCUCGGGGAGAGAAUCAAGCGGUCGUUUUCCUAGGGGAGAGCGGCGCUGGUAAAACGACACUUCGCUCACAUCUCCUUUCCUCCUUCCUCUCCUACUCGUCUACUCCGCUGUCCUCCAAACUGUCCUAUGCCGCUUUUAUCUUCGACACCCUCACCACAACCAAGUCGUUGACAACACCGACGGCGUCAAAAGCUGGAUUGUUCCUGGAACUGCAGUAUGACGCAUCUUCAUCCGUCAACCCCACGUUGAUUGGUGGAAAGAUCAUCGAUCACCGACUCGAACGUAGCCGAAUCGCCUCUGUUCCAACCGGCGAACGGAGCUUCCAUGUCCUGUACUAUCUGCUUGCUGGCACAAGCGCCGCGGAGAAGUCACAUUUGGGCUUGGACAGCCCUAUCCACAUUACAACCGCGGGUGGUAAGCUCUCGUCGGCCGACCACAAGAGAUGGAGAUACUUGGGCCACCCGACCCAGCUGAAAGUCGGCAUCAACGAUGCGGACGGAUUCCAGCACUUCAAGACCGCCCUGCGGAAGAUGGAGUUCCCUCGAAGUGAAAUUGCCGAAAUCUGUCAAAUCCUGGCUGCUAUCCUCCAUAUUGGACAGCUUGACUUCGGCAGCGGGCAGGCUACGAUGACCGGUGCGGAGGAAUCUGGUGGCUACUCCCACGAGGGUGGUGAGACUGUUACGGUAGUGAAGAACAAGGAAGUGCUCUCCAUCAUUGCCGCGUUCCUCGGCUUAGGCGUUGGGGAAUUGGAGGCCAGCUUCGGGUACCGUACCAAGACCAUCCACCGAGAGCGUGUUACUGUCAUGCUUGACCCGAAAGGGGCACGACGAAGCGCAGAUGAGCUCUCGCGCGUCUUGUACUCUUUGUUAGUUGCGUACGUGAUUGAGAACAUGAACCAGAGAAUCUGUGCUGCUGAAGACAGUGUUGCCAACACGGUGUCAAUCAUCGACUUCCCUGGCUUCGCUCAAGCCUGUUCCACCGGCUCUACCCUUGAUCAGCUCCUUAACAACGCGGCGAUCGAAUCAUUGUACAACUUCUGUCUUCGAUCAUUCUUCGACCGCAAGGCUGACAUGCUGGAACGUGAAGAGGUUGCCGUGCCCGCGACGAGCUAUUUUGAUAACACUGAUGCUGUUCGUGGGUUGCUGAAACAAGGCAAUGGGUUGCUCAGCAUUCUAGACGACCAGACCAAGCGUGGAAGGACGGACGCUCAAUUCGUCGAAGCGGUGCGGAGACGGUUCGAUAACAAGAAUCCUGCCAUCACUGUUGGCGAUUCUGGCUCUGGAACAGGAUAUGGGAUGGUCUCUCAAAACGCUCGCUCAUCCUUCACUGUGAAGCACUUUGCUGGAGAGGUCGACUACUCCGCCACAGGGCUACUGGAGGAGAACGGAGAGGUUAUUUCCGGCGAUUUGAUGAACCUUAUGAAAUCUUCUCGCAGCGAUUUUGUAAGGGAGCUCUUUGGUCAAGAAGCCCUGCAAACUGUGGCCCACCCCAAAGAGAAAACUGCAAUUAUACAAGCCCAAGUAAGCUCCAAGCCUCUGCGGAUGCCCAGCAUGGCAAGGCGCAAGGUCAGUCCAGCUUCACGCCUCACCUUCGACGCAACCCCAGCCGAAGAUCCAUAUGAGACGGAAAGCCAAACCGGUAGUUCGGCCAAGAAUUCUUCGGCCAAGAGGAAGGGCGGAAUGCUUAUGGGUGGCAUGCAAGGCGCGGCAGGGCAGUUCCUAUCUUCGCUUGACAUUGUGAACAAGUGCUUGACCUCUGCCAACCUGAACCCAUACUUUGUCUUUUGCUUGAAGCCGAACGACCGGCGCAUCGCCAACCAGUUCGACAGCAAGUGUGUGAGAACCCAGGUUCAAACCCUUGGCAUCGCUGAAAUCAGUCAACGCCUGCGGAAUGCCGACUUCAGUGUUUUCCUGCCAUUUGCCGAAUUCCUCGGUCUCGCAGACGUCGGUAACGUUGUUGUUGGUAGUGACAAGGAGAAAUCUGAAGUGGUCUUGGAUGAAAAGCGCUGGCCCGGCAAUGAAGCCCGGGUUGGCAGCACAGGAGUCUUCCUCAGCGAACGAUGUUGGGCAGACCUCGCCAAGGUGGGCGAGCGCGUCAUCCCUUCCUUUGCUGCCUCAGACGACGGAGGCGAGGGACUUUUGCAUCCCAAAUCUGCCAACUACGCGGAUUCUAAGGUUCGGCUCCUCAACCCCUCGGACCACUCACCCGGUGCAUACAUCUACGGCGACGAAUCGAAGCAGGGGUCCAACGCUAGUCGCGACUUUGAUGGACGCUCUGACGCCGGUUACUCGGCGUUUAACUCGGGCGAUAUGUUCCACAACCUUGAGACUAGGGAACAGAUGCUGGAAAAAGGAAACGAGAAGCAGAUGGAGGAGGUCGACGAAGUGCCCGUUUCCGGCAGUCGAAAGCGCUGGAUGUUUCUUGUGUGGCUGCUCACUUGGUAUAUCCCAACUCCUGCAAUUCGCUAUAUUGGUCGGAUGAAGCGCAAGGAUGUUCAAGUUGCGUGGCGUGAGAAGCUGGCAAUUAACUUGAUGAUCUGGUUCUGCUGUGGCGCUGCUAUUUUCAUCAUUGUUGGAUUCCCCGCGCUCAUCUGUCCUACACAACACGUCUAUUCCGCGGCAGAAUUGUCGUCACACGACGGCAAAGAUGGCCAUAGCUCGUACACUUCCAUCCGCGGUGUUGUUUUGAAUCUUGGAGACUUUCUGGAUGCUCAUUACCCGAAAAUCGUACCGCAGUCGUCCUUGAAGAAGUACGCUGGUGUUGAUUCCACGGCCCUGUUCCCGGUUCAAGUAUCAGCGCUGUGCAAGGGCAAGGACGGCAGCAUCGACCCGAAGGUCUUGCUCGACUACAAGCCGACCAAUUUCUCUGGUUCUGUUACUACUACUAGUUCCGGUGACGCCAAUUCCGUGUAUCAUGACUUCAGGUACUUCCACGGAAGCGACUAUCGCCCCGACUGGUAUGCCGAGCAGAUGGAAUACCUCAAGGCGAACUACUACAAAGGCUGGAUUGGAUACAGUGCGGAGUACCUGCAUACCCUGGCUAGCAAAUCUCAAAACAUUGCAAGCAUUGAUGGGAAAAUUUACGAUAUGACAACCUAUAUUGCCGGAGGUCGACGAAUCCAAGGACGCGAGGGCGAUAACCUUACCGGCAUUGACACUGAAUUUAUGGACCCCCUGGUGGUUGACCUCUUCCAGCAGAAGUCCGGCGAAGACAUUACAAAAUACUGGAAGGAUCUGCCACUUUCUCCCGCGAUGCGAGAGGACAUGUUGCUCUGCUUGAACAACCUGUUUAUUGUUGGCCACGUCGACACUCGAAACUCGACGCAGUGCCAGUUUGCGCAAUACUUCAUCCUUGCCAUUUCGAUCUUGAUCUGUUCCGUCGUGGUCUUCAAGUUCUUUGCGGCGCUGCAAUUUGGAAAGAAGAAUCUGCCAGAGAACCUUGACAAGUUUAUCAUCUGUCAGGUUCCUGCCUACACGGAAGAUGAAGAAUCACUGCGCCGUGCUAUAGACUCGAUGGCCCGCAUGCAGUAUGACGACAAACGCAAACUUCUAGUCGUCAUCUGUGACGGUAUGAUUAUCGGUCAAGGCAACGAUCGCCCUACGCCUCGGAUUGUUCUCGAUAUUUUGGGUGUGCCCGAGUCUGUGGAUCCGGAGCCGCUCAGUUUCGAGAGUUUGGGUGAGGGUAUGAAGCAGCACAACAUGGGUAAGAUCUAUUCUGGUCUGUACGAGGUGCAGGGUCAUAUUGUUCCCUUCCUCGUUGUCGUCAAGGUUGGAAAGCCGUCUGAAGUCUCGCGCCCUGGUAACCGUGGUAAGCGUGACUCUCAGAUGGUGCUGAUGCGAUUCCUGAACCGCGUCCACUACAACCUUCCCAUGAGCCCUAUGGAGCUUGAGAUGCACCACCAGAUUCGGAACAUCAUUGGAGUCAAUCCCACAUUCUACGAGUUUAUCCUUCAAGUCGAUGCUGAUACUGUCGUGGCGCCGGAUGCUGCAACUCGGAUGGUUUCGUCCUGUUUGAACGAUACCCGAAUCAUUGGUGUCUGUGGAGAAACAUCGCUGACCAAUGCCAAAACCUCUGCGGUGACGAUGAUUCAGGUGUACGAAUACUACAUCUCACACAACCUCACCAAGGCUUUCGAAAGUCUUUUCGGUUCGAUUACCUGUCUGCCUGGUUGUUUCACCAUGUACCGUAUCCGAUCCGCCGAGACAGGAAAACCGCUCUUCGUGAGCAAGGAGAUCGUGGAAGCGUAUUCGGAGAUUCGAGUCGACACCCUGCAUAUGAAGAACUUGCUGCACCUCGGAGAGGAUCGUUACUUGACGACCCUGCUUCUGAAACAUCACCCCAAGUUCAAGACCAAGUACCACUUCCGGGCACAGGCGUACACCAUUGCCCCCGAAAGCUGGGCGGUCUUCCUUUCGCAACGUCGUCGCUGGAUUAACUCUACUGUGCACAACUUGGUUGAGCUGAUCCCGCUUCAGCAGCUGUGUGGGUUCUGCUGCUUUAGUAUGAGAUUUGUCGUAUUUAUCGACCUGAUCAGUACCGUCGUCAUGCCCGUCACCAUCGCAUAUAUUGUCUACUUGAUUGUCUGGAUCGCGAAAGACACGUCGUCUAUUCCGUGGACCUCGUUCCUCCUUCUCGCCGCGAUUUAUGGUCUGCAAGCGAUUAUCUUCAUUGUCCGCCGGAAAUGGGAAAUGAUUGGCUGGAUGAUUAUUUACAUCUUCGCCAUGCCCGUGUAUGCCCUUGCUCUGCCGCUCUACUCAUUCUGGCACAUGGAUGACUUCUCCUGGGGUAACACGCGUGUCAUCACUGGAGAAAAAGGCCGCAAGGUCGUCAUCUCCGACGAAGGAAAGUUUGACCCUGCGUCGAUUCCGAAGAAGAGGUGGGAGGAGUACCAGGCCGAGCUGUGGGAGGCCCAGACCUCGCGCGACGACCGAUCUGAGAUUUCCGGCAUCUCAUACGGAACCAAGUACCACCCUGCCGCGCAGUCGGAGUAUGGAUUCCCUGGGGCACGACCGAUGUCCCAGCUUGACCUACCUCGGUACACGUCUCGCAUGUCGCUCGCACCUUCUGAGAUGAUGAGCCGGCACAUGGAUAUGGAGAUGGAGGAUGUCAACCUGCCAAGCGACGACGCUGUCCUUUCCGAGAUCCGAGACAUUCUACGCACGGCCGAUCUCAUGACCGUUACGAAGAAGAAUAUCAAGCAGGAGUUGGAGAGGCGGUUUGGCGUGAGCCUGGACUCGAAGCGUCCGUACAUCAAUUCUGCCACGGAAGCCGUCCUAUCUGGCCAACUGUGA